AUAUAAGUUCCCAGGUGCCGUGUGUCUGUAGGAGAGGAUGGAGAUCAUGUGUGUGAAGGGGACAGAUCAGUGGAACAUUUGCUGUUGUAGGAUGGUGACAGGAGCCUGUUAAAGGAGAGGAGUGGAUCACUGCUCCCAGAAUGAGCCUGUCAGAGCUGAAGCACAGUCCUGAUGCUGCUGUGAGACUGGAGUCCCAGAGACCAGCGUCCUCCGUGUCCAGACAUGUCCUGCAGGACAGUCCCAGAGACCCGUCUGCACCUGAAGCUGUGAAGCUGAGGAGACACAGAAUGAACUCUCUCAAAGAUCUCAGGAAGAGUAUUGGAGCCUCUUACCAAAGCAUCCAACCAAAGAGACCAGACUCAUUUACACCCAGUGGCGUGUCCCUGAAGAGUGACCAGUCGAAGAGAGAACUUUUAGACUUCAGAGAUGCAGCUCCUGAGUUUCAUCCAAGCAUCCAACCAAAGAUACCAGACUCCCCUACACCCAGUGAGGUGUCCUAUAAGUCUGAACAAUCAAUGACCACACCUGAGGGAUUCGGAGAGGGAAUGGAUCAAAGAGACGAUCUUACACCAGAGACAGAGAAAGAGACACGCCAGCAGUAUCUGACCUCGAUAUUUAAGAGUGUGGAAGAAAACAUAAGUGCCUUCAUGAAGAAGGAACUGGAAGGAUUUAAGGUCCUCUCUAACUACCCAGACUGCUUUAACAGUCAAGAUGAAGGUUUGGGCUCUGGAGAUGGACAGCAAGACAAAGGUUUAAGAGAAGCAGCUCUGAAGAUCACACUUCACUUCCUGAAAAACACGAACCACAAGGAUCUCGCUGAUUCUCUGGAGCAAAAUGAGAUUUUCAAAACGUAUCAGGAAAAACUGAAAGGCACCUUAAAGAAGAGGUUUCAACAUGUUCCAGAAUCAACUGCAGGGAAGCGUGAAGAUAGACUUCUUAGUCAGAUCUACACAGAGCUCUACAUUAUCCAGGAAGGGUGUGCUGAAGUCGAAUCAGAACAUGAGGUGAGACAAGUUGAAAAGACCAACACAAGACCAGGAAUUCAAGAAAAACUAAUCAAGUGCAAUAGUAUUUUUCAACCCACACCUGGCCAAGAUCAGUACAUCCGAACUGUGAUUACAAUAGGAGUUGCUGGAAUUGGAAAAACUGUCUCCACACAUAAGUUCAUGCUUGACUGGGCUGAGGGGAAAGCCAACCAGGAUAUCCACUUGAUUUUCCCACUUCCAUUCCGGGAGCUGAAUUUGAUGAAAGGACAGAAGCGAAGUCUGACCGAGAUUAUAGAUCACAUGAUCAUGCAGACGAAACAAACAGGCAUCUCCAACUACGACAAACUCAAAGUUCUGUUUGUCCUAGAUGGUCUCGAUGAGUGCAGGCUUGCCCUAGACUUCAAGAGCAACAACAUCUGUUGGGAUGCCACAGAGUCAACCUCGGUGGAAGUGCUGCUCACAAGCCUCAUCAAGGGGAAUCUGCUUCCAUCUGCUCUUCUCUGGAUAACCUCCCGGCCAAUAACAGCCAAUCAGAUCCCCUCGGACUAUGUCGACCUGGUAACAGAGGUGAAAGGGUUCAAUGACCCACAGAAGGACGAGUACUUCAGGAAGAAGAUCAGCGAUGAGAGUCUGGCCAACAGGAUCAUCAUGCACAUGAAGUCGUCAAGGAUCCUCUACAUCAUGUGCCACCUUCCAGUCUUUUGCUGGAUGUCAUCCAACGUUCUGGAGAGACUGCUGAAACAAACAGAUGGUGGAGAGAUACCCAAUACACUGACUCAAAUGUACAUUCACUUCCUGACCUAUCAGACAAAACAGAGCAACCUGAAGUAUCUUCCAGGCAAGGAGGACAAAACAGUCCUUCUCUCCCUGGGGAAACUGGCCUUUCAACAGCUUGAGAGGGGCAACCUGAUCUUCUAUGAGAGAGAUUUGAGGGAGUGUGGCAUCGAUGUCCAUGAAGCCUCAGCGUACUCAGGAGUGUGCACACAGUUCUUCAGAGAGGAGGAUCUGCUGUUCCAAGAGAAGGUCUACUCCUUCAUGCAUCCAAGCGUCCAGGAGAUGUUUGCCGCUCUAUAUGUGUUUCUGACGGUUGAGAGCAGGGUCCGAUUUGAAACGGGGACAACUGAAACCUUUUUACCACGUCCAGAAACAUUGUUGAAGCAUCUGUCUUUCAAGUACUUGCACAGGCAUGCAGUGGACAAGGCCCUAGAGCGUAAGAAUGGAGACCUGGAUCUGUUCCUUCGCUUCCUCCUUGGUCUCUCAGUGGAGUCCAAUCAGAGUCCUCUAAGAGGCCUGCUGACACAGGAUGCAAGAGGCAGCAAGCACGCCUGUUCUAAGUCGAUACAGUACAUCAAGGACAAGAUACGGUCGACUUCCUCUCCAGAAAGGUGCAUCAAUCUGUUUCACUGUCUGAAUGAGCUCAAAGACCACUCUCUUCUGGAGGAGAUUCAGCAGUUCAUGAGCUCAGGAAGUCUUUCGAAAACCAAACUUUCUUCGGUACAGUGGUCCGCUCUGGUCUUUGUGUUGCUUACCUCAGAAGAGAAGAUGGAUGUGUUUGACCUCAGGAAGUAUUCCAGCUCUGAGGAGGGUCUUCUUAGGCUGCUGCCUGUCAUCCAAUCUUCCAGGAAGGCGCUUAUGGAUCAUUGCAACCUGACCAAUCGAUGCUGUGAGGCUUUGGGUAAGACCCUUAGCUCUCCGUUCAACAACCUGAGAGAACUGGACCUGAGUUACAACAACAUACAGGAUAAGGGGCUGAUUCUGCUCUCUGCUGGCUUGGGAAGUCCAAAUUGUAAAUUGGAAACACUUUGUCUGACUAGAUGCCGCAUCACAAAGGAAUGUUAUGAGUCACUGGUUCGAACCCUCAGUGCUCACGCCUCCACCCUGACAAAACUGGACCUGAGUGACAACGAUCUAGGAGACGAGGGAGUGAUGCUGCUAUCUGCGGGACUGGGAAAUCCUGAUUGUACUUUAGAAGUUCUUCGUCUGAAUCGGUGCCAGAUCACAAAGGACUGUUGUGAGGUGCUGGUCUCAAUAAUAUGCUCCACUCGUCUGAAAGAGCUGGAUCUCAGCGACAACGAGCUGCAGGAUGCCGGGGUGAACAUCGUCUCAGAUGGACUGGGGAAAAGCCACUGCGAACUGGAGACACUCAGGUUGUCCUUCUGUAAAGUAACAGGGGAAGGCUGUGCUUCUCUGGCUACAGCUCUGAGGUCAGGUCUCUCACACCUGAGAGAACUGGACCUCAGUUACAAUCACCCAGGAGACGCAGGAUUAAACCUGCUUCUUGCUGUACGGGACGACCCCCAGUAUAAACUAGAAAAACUCAGUGUGGAGCAUGGUGGGAUUGAAAGAUUACGAUCAGAAAAAAGCAAGUAUGCCUGCCAGCUCACUCUGGACCCAAACACAGCACACAGAAAGCUCUCUCUGUCCGAGAGCGACAAGAAAGUGACCAGGCUGAAAGAGGAGCAGCCGUAUCCUGACCACCUGGAGAGAUUCCACCACAUGGACCAAGUGUUGUGCAGAGAGGGUCUGUCCGGACGCUGUUACUGGGAGGCAGCGUGGACAGGUAAGUGGGUGGGGAUCGGAGUGGCAUACAAAGGUAUCUCCAGGAAAGGGCAGGAUGACAGCUUGCUCGGUUGCAACAACAUGUCCUGGGGGCUGACCUGCCAUGACGACGGCUGCAUCGCCGUGGGCAACAACAGCAUUACAUAUUUUCAACUCCCAUCCUCAACAUCCCCAAAGAAACACUCCUCCAGCAUCCAAACAAAAGGCUUGUCGUCAAACACUCUGUCCCAUCUGACUGGCACCCUCUGCUCCUCCCGUUCCAGCACCCAGAUAAUAGGAGUGUAUCUGGACUGGUCGGCCGGGACUCUGUCCUUCUACAGCAUAUGUUCAGACACACGGACACUCCUGUACACAUUCAACACCACCUUUACCGAGCCUGUCUACCCAGGGUUCUGGGUUCCAGAACAUUCAUCUGUGUCCCUAGGUAAAGGUCAAGAACAACACAAUUUAGUCCAGUGAGUCCUAGUGAGACCUAAGUCAAACAUUACAAUUCCACUCAGUCAGACCUGUGUUAUAUGUAUUAUAUACCAAUGUAUUCCAUUAUUGUAAAUCUCUGAUUCAAGUAGUUCUGAGAUGUAAAUGAGAUAGAUGUUGUUGUUGCUGUUGAACUGAUCAGAUCUUCAUAAUAAUGGUAAAAUUGUAGUGGCGAUUAUGUUAUUGUUCCAGUGUGUGGUAAAAAUACAGAAUGUUCAUUGGCACUAAUCACUGAAGUACUGCUGGAAGUGUAAACACCUGGUCCUUGAUUAUAGUUUUUUCUGCUGUAUUUACUAUAUCCACUGUUUGUAUGACUUUGGAUAAAAGCGUCUGGUAAGUGAAUAACAUGUAUGAUUACUCGGUGUAAUUUUCAAGAUUUGUUGAAAAAUCUAGAACCCAGAAAGUUUCUAUUGUAGAAGGACAGCUAUGCAUUGUUGCAUAUCUGGAUAGGUACACAAUUAUAUUAAAGAUGGGUGUGUUAUGUUUAUCAGUGUGCGAUCAAAUAAACAAGAAUGGUAACUGC